AUGCCUGGUCACGAUAUCCAGUCGGCAGCGCUUUUUAUUAACAAUGUUUUGACAUCCAAAGGAUACAUUAGCGAGUCAGAAAAGAUAUAUUUUGGAGAUAGUGAAGCGAGGUCGGAUAGGAAUGACACACGGAUCAUUAACACGAUUUAUGCACUGAUAAAUACCAUUGAGAACGAUUCCAAAGCCAAGGAGGCAGCUCAAAGGAAAACUGGCGCAUUGGAAAGAGAAUUAGAGAGAGAAACAAACUUGAGGACUCGUGUCGAAUCUAGAUAUGAUGCAUUGGAGAAACAAAUUCAGACGAGUCAGAAAAAAGCCAACAAUCUGGAGAUGAUGCUUGAUGACGAGAAGAAUAAAUCACAUGAACUACGUGAAACUGCCCUGAGACUUCAGUACUCUUUACAGCAGUUUAAAUUACAAAGUGCGAAUGAGCUACGCAGAAAAGAUAUGGAACUAGCAUGGCUGAGAGAAAGGGUGCGCGACCCUAGACGAGCGUCCAAAAGUUUAGCAGAGUUUUCAUCAAAAACACCGACCGCCAUAUCGGGCUCUCUUGCCUCGACUAGGCUGGCUCAUUUACCUACAAACCCAGAAGAUGAGCAGAUGAAACUACAUAACGAACUGACGAGCACAAAUAUUGCAUUGUCCCAGGAAUUGACCUCAUUUAACUCCGAACUGGUGUCAGAAAAUAAGCUACUAUUCUCUCUGCUUAACAAAGUCAAAGUUACCAUUCAAAAUCUCACCGAGGGCCGGAUUCACGAGAAACUGGCUGGGUUUGAUUUUGUUGGAAAAGGCAAUGAGAGUGAUUCGGCCGGUGUAGCUAUUCGUGCAGCGAGCUCAGAAGAGCUUGGCGAGCAAGUUUUAUUAUCCAUUGCACAGAUCAGGGAUAUUUUGAAUUCCCCUAACUUUGUAUCUCUGGCAGAGUUGAAAGAAAAGGAGACCAGAGUGGAAUCGUUAGAGUUUCAAUUGAAAGAAAUGACAAGUAAUUGGGAAAAGGCCCUGAAAACUAUGGAGGACUGGAGAGCAUACAGAGAGAAUAGAAAAAGUGGAGGCCGUAACGUGAAUACAGGAAAAAAUGGAUUAGACGAUGGGCAGUCAAGCAUAGCGAAUCCUAGAAUCAGAUCUACGAGCGAGGCAAAUCUCAAGCGUAGGACAGCCCAUCAAUCAUUUGGCUCGUCUGCACAAUCUACUUCUACUAAGGGAGAUAAUAAAAUAAUAUCCCAGACAGAAACUGAUGAAAUUACAAAGGCGACCGUAGUCUAUCCCAAUUCAAAUACUGUAACUGUUUCUCCUAUGCGUAGGUCAUUGAUACCAGAUAGCAAAUCGACAUUCAAACAAGCUACAGAUCCGAAACGCGACCUUGAAUACAACGAUCAGGCAUUAGAACUGUCUUCAACGUUCACUUUGGUACGAACUACAGCAGGAUCGAAACCAAAACUCACGUCAAUUGACCUGACUCCAAAGGCAGCGAAAAGGGCGAGCAACAUCGGCCAAUUCUCAAGAGCACCUGCACCAAACCUACCAUCUAAGAUAGAUUCUGACUAUACAGCCUCACAAAAAUUAGAACCAAAGGAAGUUGGAUCAGAUGAACGAAGUACAAGUGGAGCAGACGUCGUCGCUUCUACAGGGAACUGA